GUGUCGGUGAAUUUGUAUUUUCUCUCUUUCUCUUUCUCUUUCUCUCUCUCUCUCUCGCUCUCUCAUCACCUUUUCCACAAACACUUCAAACGUGUAACCUUAAACUCAUGACACAACCUUCAGUUCCCGAACAACUUGCCAUGUAAAGCCCGCCCCCGUUCAGACCCUCUUCGGUUUCUUCUGUCCUAACCCUUGGAUAAAAACACAGACAAAAACCUCACUCCUAUUUUGGGAGCUGUGUGGAAGAAUUUUCCAACUCGGAAUUCGGACAGUUUUAAUUUGUUUGUGGUAGCCAUGGAGCAUGGAACAGGCGUUGUGGCGGCGGGAGCGGGGAGAGAAGGUGGAGUGAGGAAGUCGGACAGGCCGUUCAAGGGGAUAAGGAUGAGGAAGUGGGGGAAAUGGGUGGCUGAGAUUAGGGAGCCCAACAAGCGGUCUAGGAUUUGGUUGGGCUCUUACUCGACCCCCUUGGCGGCGGCGCGUGCCUAUGACACAGCGGUGUUUUACCUUCGAGGGCCGUCGGCGAGGCUGAACUUCCCUGAGCUCUUGGUAGGAGAGAAAGGCUGCGGCGCGCUCGGUGGGGACAUGUCGGCGGCUUUGAUACGGAAGAAGGCCACCGAGGUUGGCGCGAGAGUCGAUGCACUCGAGGCGGCGCAUCAUCAUCAUCAAAAUCACAACCAUAAUCAUGACUAUAAUCGUACAUACGAUCAGAACCUUCACCAGCCAGGCGGCGACGCUGAGAUUAAGCCAAGUGGCAGCUUUUUGCGGGAGGUUGACUUGAACAAAUUACCCGAACCGGAGGAUUCAGACCCCGAGUGGGAGAGGAACUAAACCCCAAAUCGCCGAUUCUUACCCGAUAAUCGAAAGCUGUGUUUGUUUCUCCGUUUGUCCUGUUUUGGAGGCUGAGGAGGCCGCGGUUGCUAAGAUGCACCGCGGCGGUGGCUAACGUGCGCCGGUGGAGGUAAGCGUAGGGGACGCCUGAAGAAAUGCCAAGGGCUUUGGCUUUGUAUUAAAAAAAUUGUUAAUUAAUUAGUAGUCCCAUGGAAAAAACAGUUAAUUAGUAGUGUAAUGGAAACUUUUCUGUUUUAUAUUUAGACCCCUUUUCUAUUUGGACUUAU